AUGGAUGCGUACCCAGAGAAGAUGAUAAAGUUUGCCAUCGUUCCUAUUGAGACUCUCAUCGCCUGCAGAGACAUUCUCUUCCAAGUGCACUCCAUCAUCAAUAGUAACAUAUCUCCAUAUGAGGCUCCAUACUCUCGAGAUAUGGACGCAAUCGAGGCGCACUACAGUCGAGCUACAGAGCUAGUGGCCUCCCGCGACACUGUCUGGCCGCUCAUCAUCGAACAGCAAUCGCGCAUCCACGACAACAUCACCGAGCUCAUCGAGAACGCGACCGGGUGGCUAGAGCGCUCCGCUUUCUCCGCAUCGUUUGCGGAGCGAAGCAAAAUCCUCAAGAAUUACUUAACACCCCAGCGAGGCUUUUCAGCCAGCAGAUUGGCCAUACGUGGAGAUGGUACCGUUUCGGACAGAGAUUUCAUCAUUCUGGAGCAGCGCACAUUGAUGCAGACCUACCGGAACGACCUCAAUCGACUGAACCUCUUCCGCAUUGACAGUUACGAAAGGGUGAAGAGUUUUGAGAACUUUUCGACGACAUUGGCCUGGAUGAGAGAGGAACCUCUCCGGCGUAUGUUCAGCAGGUAUUUCAAGGGAGUCUACCUGGAACAUGAACAAGAAGUCCAGGACGGUCCAGCCUCUGACCACGUCAGUCUUACCGACACCGACUCCUUCGGCAACAUCCUUACUCCGUCGACCACUCGUACCACUUCACCAGCCCUCACCGAGCGCGCAGACAACGACACCGCCGAGAGCGACGCUAUCAAGCUACCGACCCUCAAGUACAUCGCCAUCAUCGAGACCGACAACGAUAACAAGGCCAUCUUUGACCUCGAGUUCGCCGACGUCAACCAGGAUAAGCAUAAGGUCCUGGUCAUCGCGAAGGAUAUGUGUACCGAGAUGGUUUCCAAGGGUUAUGAGAGCAAGGUCAAGCUGCAGGACAUCAUGGAGAUGGCGGUCAAAAUGGCGAAGAAGUGA